AUGAAUGUUCCCUGAACAAUGGUGGGUGUAGCCAUCAGUGUUCUGUAGUUCCUGGAGGAAGAAUUGUGUGCUCAUGUCCUAUGGGAUUCAGUCUUAGUAUGGACAACAAAACUUGUGAAGUUAUGGAUUAUUGUACCAAACACCUUAAGUGUAGUCAAGUAUGUGAGCAGCAUAAAAAUACUGUCAAGUGCUCCUGUUAUGAAGGCUGGAAGCUCAGUAAGGAUGGAGAAAAUUGCAUUAGUACUGAUCCAUUUGAGGCUUUCAUAAUUUUUUCUAUCCGACAUGAGAUCAGAAAAAUUGAUCUUCACAAACGGGACUACAGCCUCCUCGUUCCUGGUUUGAGAAACACAAUAGCGCUUGAUUUUCAUUUCGGUCAGAGUUUGCUGUACUGGACAGAUGUGGUGGAGGACAAAAUUUACCGAGGCAAGCUCUCUGAUACUGGAGGUGUAAGUGCCAUUGAGGUGGUAGUACAGCAUGGCCUAGCAACUCCUGAAGGCCUGACUGUAGACUGGAUUGCAGGAAACAUAUAUUGGAUAGACAGUAAUUUGGACCAAAUUGAGGUGGCAAAACUAGAUGGCACUUUGAGAACAACAUUAAUAGCAGGAGCUAUGGAACAUCCAAGGGCAAUUGCUCUGGAUCCUAGAUAUGGAAUUCUAUUUUGGACUGACUGGGAUGCAAAUUUUCCUCGCAUUGAAUCUGCUUCCAUGAGUGGAGCAGAAAGAAAGAUCAUAUAUAAAGACAUGGAUACUGGAGCCUGGCCUAAUGGUCUGACUGUGGAUCACUUUGAAAAAAGAAUAGUGUGGACAGAUGCCAGAUCGGAUGCUAUUUAUUCUGCAUUAUAUGAUGGAACAGGCAUGAUAGAGAUCAUACGAGGUCAUGAAUAUCUUUCUCACCCGUUUGCUGUUUCUUUAUAUGGGAGUGAAGUAUAUUGGACUGAUUGGCGGACCAAUACACUAGCAAAAGCUAAUAAGUGGACCGGCCAAAAUGUCAGUGUAAUACAAAAAACAAGUGCUCAGCCAUUUGAUCUUCAGAUAUAUCAUCCAAGUCGUCAACCACAAGCUUCUAAUCCUUGUGCUGCUAACGAGGGCAGAGGUCCGUGUUCACACAUGUGUCUGAUCAGUCACAACAGAAGUGCUGCAUGUGCAUGUCCUCAUCUAAUGAAACUGUCUGUGGACAGGAAAACAUGUUAUGAAAAGAAGAAAUUUCUUCUUUAUGCAAGACAUUCAGAAAUAAGAGGUGUGGACAUAGAGAACCCCUACUUCAACUUCAUCACAGCCUUCACCGUUCCCGACAUUGAUGAUGUCACGGUCAUAGAUUUUGAUGCCAUUGAGGAACGUUUGUACUGGACUGAUGUGAAAACACAGACCAUCAAGCGUGCCUUCAUUAAUGGCACUGGCCUAGAAACCAUUAUCUCAAGAGAUAUUCAGAGUAUCAGAGGUCUUGCAGUGGAUUGGAUAUCACGUAAUUUAUACUGGAUUAGCUCGGAAUUUGAUGAAACACAAAUUAAUGUGGCACAUUUGGAUGGUUCCUUGAAAACUUCCAUCAUCCAUGGAAUUGAUAAACCCCAGUGUCUUGCAGUUCACCCAGUAAGAGGUAAGCUUUAUUGGACAGAUGGAAACACAAUUAAUAUGGCAAACAUGGAUGGCAGCAACAACAAAAUACUGUUUCAGAAUCAAAAAGAUCCUGUUGGUUUAUCGAUUGAUUAUGUGGAGAACAAACUUUACUGGAUCAGUUCAGGAAAUGGAACCAUAAAUCGAUGUAAUUUGGAUGGUGGUAAUCUUGAAAUAAUAGAGUCAAUGAAAGAAGACUUAACAAAAGCUACAGCUUUAACCAUUAUGGAUAAAAAACUCUGGUGGGCAGACCAGAAUUUAGCUCAGAUGGGGACCUGCAACAAAAAAGAUGGAAGAAACCCAACUGUCCUGCGAAACAGAACGUCAGGUGUUGUACAUAUGAAAGUGUACGAUAAAGCUGCACAACAAGGCAGUAAUUCCUGUCAGCUAAACAAUGGUGGAUGUUCCCAGCUUUGUUUGCCAACAUCGGAAACCACCAGAACUUGUGUUUGUACAGUGGGGUACAACCUUCAGAAAAACCGCAUGGCAUGCAGAGGUAUUGAAUCAUUUCUUAUGUAUUCUGUUCAUGAAGGAAUUAGAGGAAUUCCUCUUGAUCCAAAUGAUAAAAUGGAUACUUUAAUGCCUAUAUCUGGAGCUUCAUUUGCAGUGGGCAUAGACUUCCAUGCAGGAAAUGAUACAAUCUACUGGACAGACAUGGGCUUCAACAAAAUUAGCAGAUCUAAACGAGACCAAACAUGGAAAGAAGACAUUGUUACCAAUGGUCUGGGAAGAGUUGAAGGCAUUGCAGUGGAUUGGAUAGCAGGUAACAUUUACUGGACAGACCAUGGCUUCAAUCUAAUUGAAGUUGCCAGGCUCAACGGCUCAUUCCGAUAUGUAAUCAUAUCCCAGGGCUUGGACCAGCCAAGAUCUAUUGCAGUACACCCAGAAAAAGGGUAUUUAUUUUGGACAGAGUGGGGACAGACUCCUUGCAUAGGCAAGGCAUACUUAGAUGGAUCUGAAAAGGUUGUGCUUGUGAGCCUGGGGAUCGCAUGGCCUAAUGGGAUUUCCAUUGACUAUGAGGAAAAUAAGUUAUAUUGGUGUGAUGCUCGUACCGACAAGAUAGAAAGAAUUGACCUUGAAAGUGGAGGAAAUCGGGAGAUUGUGCUGUCAGGGAGCAAUGUGGAUAUGUUUUCAGUCGCAGUGUUUGGAGCUUACAUCUACUGGUCUGACAGAGCACAUGCAAAUGGCUCUAUUAGAAGAGGCCACAAGAAUGAGGCCACGGAUGCUGUGACCAUGAGGACUGGCCUUGGAAUAAACCUGAAGGAAGUGAAAGUCUUUAAUAGAGCACGAGAGAAAGGUACUAACGUUUGUGCCAAGAACAACGGUGGGUGCCAUCAGCUUUGCCUGUACCGGGGCAGCGCGCAGCGGACGUGCGCGUGCGCGCACGGCUACCUGGCCGACGACGGAGUCACCUGCCUGAGACAUGAAGGCUACCUCUUGUACUCAGGAAGGACCGUAUUAAAAAGCAUACAUCUUUCGGAUGAAACCAAUUUAAAUUCUCCGGUGAGGCCCUAUGAAAAUCCGGAGUAUUUCAAAAACGUGAUAGCCCUCGCUUUUGACUACAGUCUGAAAGGAAGAGGCACAAACCGCAUAUUCUUCAGCGACGCACACUUUGGAAAUAUACAAGUCAUUAAAGACAACUGGGCAAGCAGAAGAGUGCUGAUUGAAAAUGUUGGUUCUGUGGAGGGACUUGCUUAUCACAGAGCUUGGGACACUCUUUACUGGACCAGCUCUACCACAUCCUCCAUCACAAGGCACACGGUUGACCAGCAACGCCGAGGAGCUUUCAAUAGGGAAGCAGUAAUAACAAUGUCAGAGGACGAUCAUCCACACGUGUUGGCUUUAGAUGAAUGCCAAAAUUUAAUGUUUUGGACUAACUGGAAUGAGCAACUCCCAAGCAUCAUGAGAUCUACUCUGUCGGGCAAGAAUGCACAGGUUAUUGUUAGUACGGAUAUUCUCACACCAAAUGGACUCACCAUUGAUCAUAGGGCAGAAAAACUCUACUUUUCAGAUGGCAGCUUGGGAAAAAUUGAGAGGUGUGAAUAUGAUGGAUCACAGAGAUAUGUAAUUGUCAAAUCUGGACCAGGCUCCUUUCUCAGCCUGGCUGUGUAUGAUGAUUAUAUAUUUUGGUCAGAUUGGGUGAGAAGAGCUAUUCUGCGUUCCAGUAAAUAUACAGGAGGAGACACAAAAGUCCUUCGUUCUGAUAUCCCACAUCAGCCAAUGGGCAUUAUUGCAGUUGCCAAUGAUACUAACAAUUGUGAAUUAUCUCCUUGUGCACAAAUGAAUGGAGGUUGUCAUGAUUUAUGCCUGCUGACUCCUGAUGGACGAGUGAACUGUUCGUGUAGAGGGGACAGAAUACUGAUAGAUGAUAACAGAUGUGUGAGCAAAAAUUCUACUUGCAACAUUUAUUCCGAGUUUGAAUGUGGAAAUGGUGAAUGCAUUGAUUAUCAACUGACUUGUGAUGGCAUUGCUCACUGUAAGGACAAAUCUGAUGAGAAACUUUUCUACUGUGAAAAUAGAGGCUGUCGGAAAGGUUUCAAACCAUGUCUUAAUCGCCGUUGUGUUUCAAGCAGCAAAGUGUGUGAUGGUGCAAAUGACUGUGGUGACAACUCUGAUGAAUCUGACUGUAAAGAUUCAGCAUGUGCUUCAACAGAAUUCCAUUGUGCAGAUGGGGUUUGCAUUGGAAAAUCAGCACGGUGCAACCAGGUCAUUGAUUGUGCAGAUGCUUCAGAUGAAAAGAACUGUAAUAAUACGAAUUGUGCUUAUUUCUAUAAGCUUGGAAUAAAAUCUACAGGAUUUAUUAGCUGUAAUUCAACUUCGCUUUGUAUACUGCCAGAAUGGAUAUGUGAUGGAUCUAAUGAUUGUGGAGAUUAUACUGAUGAACUAAAGUGCCCAGUUCAAAACAAACCCACAUGUGAAGAAAAUUAUUUUGGUUGUCCUAGUGGAAGAUGUAUUCUGAACACCUGGCUUUGUGAUGGGCAGAAAGACUGCGAGGAUGGAGUAGAUGAAUUGCACUGUGAUUCAUCCUGUUCAUGGAAUCAGUUUGCCUGCUCUGCACACAAGUGCAUCUCGAAGCAAUGGACUUGUGAUGGUGAGGAUGACUGUGGAGAUGGCUUAGAUGAGAGUGAUGCUAUCUGUGGUGCGGUGACCUGUGCAGCGGGCACGUUCAGCUGCUUGGGUUCCCAUGCUUGCGUGCCUCAGCACUGGCUCUGUGACGGUGAAAGAGACUGUCCUAACGGAAGUGAUGAGCUCUCCACAGCAGGCUGUGCUCCUAAUAACACUUGUGACGAGAAUGCUUUCAUGUGCCAUAAUAAAGUCUGCAUUCCCAAACAGUUUGUAUGUGACCAUGAUGAUGACUGUGGAGAUGGAUCAGAUGAAUCACUGGAAUGUGGAUAUCGUCACUGCCGUUCUGGAGAGUUCACUUGUGCUGAUGGAAGAUGUCUGUUAAAUUCUCAAUGGCAGUGUGAUGGGGACUUUGACUGUCCAGACCAUUCUGAUGAAGCACCUAUAAACAUAAAAUGCAAAAGCUCAGAGCAGUCAUGUAACAGCUCUUUCUUCAUGUGCAAAAAUGGCAAGUGUAUUCCUCAGCGGGAAGUUUGUGAUAACAAGGAGGAUUGUAUUGAUGGAUCUGAUGAGAAAAGCUGCCAUGUUAACGAAUGCCUUAGUAAGAAAGUUAGUGGCUGUUCUCAAGAUUGUCAGGAUCUUCCUGUUGGAUACAAGUGCAAAUGCUGGCCUGGAUUCGGGCUGAAGGACGAUGGCAAAACCUGUGUAGAUAUUGAUGAAUGUUCAUCUGGAUUUCCCUGUAGCCAGCAAUGCAUCAAUACAUAUGGAACCUACAAAUGUUUGUGUGCAGAUGGGUAUGAAGCACAACCUGAUAACCCAAAUGGCUGUAAAUCUCUCUCAGAUGAGGAACCUUUCUUAAUUCUGGCUGAUCAUCAUGAAAUAAGAAAAAUUAGCACUGAUGGAUCCAACUACACUUUGUUGAAACAGGGGUUGAACAAUGUGAUUGCAAUAGACUUUGACUAUAGAGAAGAGUUCAUCUAUUGGAUUGAUUCCAGCAGACCAAAUGGCAGCCGUAUAAACAGAAUGAGCUUGAAUGGAAGUGACAUCAAGAUAAUACACAAUACAGCUGUUCCCAAUGCUCUGGCUGUAGAUUGGAUUGGGAAGAAUCUCUAUUGGUCUGAUACUGAAAAGAGAAUUAUUGAGGUGUCUAAACUCAAUGGCUUAUACCCUACCGUUCUCGUGAGCAAAAGGGUGAAGUUUCCUAGAGAUCUGUCAUUAGAUCCUCAAGCUGGAUACUUAUACUGGAUUGAUUGCUGUGAGUAUCCUCACAUUGGCCGUGUCGGUAUGGAUGGCACCAGUCAAACAGUUGUCAUAGAAACACAGAUAUCUAGACCCAUGGCCCUUACAAUAGACUAUGUUAACCGUAGACUGUAUUGGGCUGAUGAAAAUCACAUAGAGUUUUCUGACAUGGAUGGAACUCAUAGAUAUAAAGUCCCUAAUCAUGACAUUCCUGGCGUGAUUGCACUAACAUUGUUUGAAGACUACAUCUACUGGACUGAUGGGAAAACCAAGUCACUCAGCCGUGCCCACAAAACCUCUGGAUUAGGCAGACUAUCCCUGAUAAACUCAUGGCAUGCCAUAACAGACAUCCAGGUGUACCAUUCUUACAGGCAACCUGAUGUAUCUAAACAUCUGUGUGCCCUGAACAAUGGUGGUUGCAGCCAUUUAUGUCUCCUAGCCCCCGAGAAGAUGCAUACUUGUGCCUGUCCCACAAACUUUUACCUUGCUGCAGAUAACAAGACCUGCCUGUCAAACUGCACUGCCAGUCAGUUCCGGUGCAAAACUGACAAAUGUAUUCCAUUUUGGUGGAAAUGUGACACUGCUGAAUUCAGAUGUCAACCAGGACGUUUCCAGUGUGGAACUGGGCUUUGUGCUCUUCCAGCCUUUAUAUGUGAUGGAGAAAAUGAUUGUGGAGACAAUUCUGAUGAACUCAACUGUGACACACAUGUGUGUCUAUCAGGUCAGUUCAAGUGCACAAGGAACCAGAAGUGUAUUCCAAUAAAUCUGAGAUGCAACGGACAGGAUGACUGUGGUGAUGAAGAAGAUGAAAGAGACUGUCCGGAAAACAGUUGUUCUCCAGACCAUUUCCAGUGUAAAACUACAAAACACUGCAUUUCUAAACUGUGGGUGUGUGAUGAAGACCCAGAUUGUGCUGAUGGAUCAGAUGAAGCUAACUGUGAUAAGAAAACUUGUGGGCCUCACGAAUUCCAGUGCAAAAACAACAACUGUAUUCCAGAUCAUUGGAGGUGUGACAGCCAGAAUGACUGUGGUGAUAAUUCUGAUGAAGAGAACUGUAAGCCUCAGACAUGUUCAUUGAAAGACUUGCUCUGUGCCAAUGGAGAUUGUGUUUCAGCAAGAUUCUGGUGUGAUGGAGACUAUGACUGUGCAGAUGGCUCAGAUGAGAGGUAUUGUGAAACAGGCUGUUCAAGAGAUCAGUUCCAGUGUUCCAAUGGUCAGUGCAUAUCAGCAAAAUGGAAAUGUGAUGGUCAUGAAGACUGUAAGCUUGGGGAUGAUGAGAGAAAUUGUGAACCAGCAUCUCCAACAUGUUCUUCAAGUGAGUAUGUGUGUGCAAGUGGAGGCUGCAUUUCGGCAGCUCUGAAGUGCAAUGGGGAGUACGACUGCGCCGACGGAUCUGAUGAGAUGGACUGUGUAACCGAAUGCAAAGAAGAUCAGUUUCGAUGCAAAAAUAAGGCCCACUGCAUCCCCAUCCGGUGGCUGUGUGAUGGAAUCCAGGACUGUGUGGAUGGCAGUGACGAAGAAAACUGUGACCAAGGGGGAAAUAUAUGCAGAGCUGAUGAAUUUUUGUGCAACAAUUCCCUCUGCAAACUACAUUUUUGGGUCUGUGAUGGAGAGGAUGACUGUGGAGAUAACUCUGAUGAAGUUGCUGAAAUGUGUGCAAAGUUUCCAUGUCCUCCUACGAGGCCAUACAGAUGUAGAAACAACAGGGUUUGUCUGCGACCUGAACAGAUUUGCAAUGAGGUUGAUGACUGUGGUGAUAACUCGGAUGAAGAUCACUGCAAUAAAAUCACAUAUAAAGCAAGACCUUGCAAAAAGGAUGAGUUCACUUGUGAUGAUAAGAAAUGUAUUCCAAUGGAACUACAGUGCGAUUGGUUUAAUGAUUGUGAAGAUGGCUCAGAUGAGCAAGACUGCAAAAUAAGUGUCACUGAAUAUACAUGUGAAGAUAAUGUGAAUCCUUGUGGAGAUGAUGCAUACUGCAAUCAAACAGACAGAGCCCUAUUUUGUCAGUGUAAACCUGGAUUUCAGAGAAACCAGAGGAACAGACAAUGCGAAGAUAUCAAUGAGUGCAUGAUAUUUGGUGCUUGCUCACAGCACUGCAAUAAUAUUAAAGGAUCAUAUAAAUGCAUAUGUGAGAAAAAUUAUAAGGAAAGGAAUAACAGUUGCAUAGCAAAAGGCUCUGAAGAUCAAGUUCUCUAUGUUGCUAAUGACACUGACAUCCUGGGUUUUACAUAUCCAUUCAACUACAGUGAUGUUCAUCAACAAAUAUCACAUAUUGAACAUAAUUCAAGGAUAACUGGAAUGGAUGGAUAUUAUCAAGGGAACAUGAUUGUUUGGAGUACUCAGUUUAACCCAGGAGGGAUUUUCUACAAAAAACUUCAUGACAGAGAGAGAAGACAAAGUAAUAGUGGCUUGAUAUGUCCAGAAUUCAAAAGGCCUAGGGACAUUGCUGUUGACUGGGUUGCUGGAAAUAUUUACUGGACUGAUCAUUCCAGAAUGCAUUGGUUCAGCUACUAUACAACUCACUGGACAAGUCUGAGAUACUCCGUCAACGUAGGGCAACUGAACGGACCUAACUGUACAAGACUCCUUACCAGUAUGGCAGGGGAGCCAUAUGCAAUUGCUGUAAAUCCCAAAAAGGGCAUGAUGUACUGGACAGUUAUUGGGGACCGUUCUCACAUAGAAGAAGCAUCUAUGGAUGGUACUCUGAGAAGGAUACUGGUUCAAAAGAAUUUGCAAAGACCUACAGGUCUUGUAGUUGACCAGUUCAGUCAGCGUUUGUUCUGGGCUGAUUUUGAGUUAUCUGUUAUUGGCAGUGUUCUCUUUGACGGUUCUGAUUCAGUUGUGUCUGUGAGCACUAAACAAGGUUUACUGCACCCACAUAGAAUUGACAUUUUUGAGGACUACAUAUAUGGAGCAGGUCCUAAAAAUGGCGCAUUUAGAGUACACAAGUUUGGCAGGAGCCUUGUAGAAUAUCUAAGAGUGGAUGUUGAUAAAGCAAAAAGUGCCUUGAUUUUCCAUCGCUACAAGCAAAUAGACUUGCCCAAUCCGUGCUUGGACCUGACAUGUGAAUUCAUCUGCUUACUCAACCCCUAUGGUGCAACCUGUGCAUGUCCAGAAGGAAAGUCAUUGGUCAAUGGAACAUGCAUUGAUCUGAACCUGUUAGAUGACACGUGCAAGCUGACGUGUGAAAACGGAGGGAAGUGCAUUAUAAAUGAGAAGGGCGAGCCCCGCUGUCACUGCUGGCCGCGCUAUUCCGGGGAGCGAUGUGAAACCAACCACUGCCACAACUACUGUCAGCACGGGGGAACCUGCGGAGCCUCUGUCCUCGGGAGGCCUACCUGCAGUUGUGCACUGGGUUUCACAGGACCAAACUGCAAUCAGACGGUCUGUGAUCGUUUUUGCCAAAACGGAGGAACCUGCAGUGUCACUGCUGGAAAUCAACCCUUCUGUCGCUGCUUGCCUGAGUAUACAGGAGAUAGAUGCCAAUAUUAUGUUUGCCACCAUUACUGUGUGAAUUCUGAGUCAUGUACCAUUUCCGAUGAUGGGAGCGUAGAAUGUGUCUGUCCAGUACGAUUUGAAGGUCCAAAAUGUGAAGUAGACAAGUGUGUAAGAUGUCAUGGGGGACACUGCAUAAUAAACAAGGACAGUAAUGAUAUAUCAUGCAACUGCAGUAAUGGAAAGAUUUCUUCUACUUGUCAGUUGUGUGAUGGCUACUGUUACAAUGGUGGCACAUGCCAGCUGGACCCUGACACAAGUACACCUGUCUGCCUAUGCUCUGUGGGGUUUAAAAGUCAGCGCUGUGACCAGAAAGUGAACCCUUGUGAUUACUACUGUCAGAAUGAGGGAAUUUGCACUUUAACUGCGUUUAAUGAACCGAGAUGCAAGUAGGUUUAACCUUCCACUUAAUGCUGCACAUUGUGUGACAUCAUUUCAGGCCACAGUUCAUUGGU